GGGCAGGGGAGGCUGCUGGCAGUCCCAGUAUCCCAUGGGAUUAGUGGCUGGACGCUGCCACCACCCCACAGUGUCACUGCACAGGGCAGGGGUCCCUCUGCAGAGCUCCGGAGCAUCCAGACCCAUCUGCUCACGGAUUUUUUUUAGCCCCCAGCUGCCCUGCCCCGGAGCAGGUGCUUGGGAAUGGGAUUUAUCCACACAUCAGCAUCCUGGGAGCAGCUCCUGUGGGAUUUGGGUUGAAGCUUCGAGCCAGGUGACUCCUUCCCUGACCCUCUCAAGUUCUUCUUUCUCCAGGUGAAGGAAUGAGGUGUCCUGACAUCUCUCCUGACAUUUGUCACAUCUCCAGGACCUUCUGAGCUCCCCAAGGGAGGGAGGGGGAAGCGCUGGGGUGGAGAAUCCUGGAGGAAUCCACACCACUCUCUUCUCCAGGGGUUUUCCCAUCUCCCUGCCUGCAGAGCUGGGGGAGAGGGCUCCCCUGCCAGGUGCUCCCGUGGGCCAGGAGGCUGCUGGAAUGGGAAUCUCCUCGGAUUUCCCACCCUGCUCGUCCUUCCCAGGAGAAACCUCAGGAUGGGGAGCUCCCAGUGGCCCACCCAGGACCAUCCAGGGGAAAUCUUGGGCUCUCCCCUCCUUCUUCCCUUGCCCUCCCCACUGGAAUCCUCCUUUGGGGAUCAAAAAUCCUCUGGGCUAUUUAUAAAAGGCCGGUGGAGCCCCCUCAGCUCCCGCUCCCGGGUCCAGCUGUCAGGACCCUCAGCUGUUUCCUGCUCCCUCCGCUCCCAGCCCGGCUGGGAUUCCCUCCUGGAUCCCACCCGGAGCCAGAGCCAGCCCAGGGACCGGGAUUCGCCUCCGGAGGGUCCAGGGGGGAUUUGGUGCCGGUCCCGUGGCAUUUGCUGGGGUAAGUGAAGCACUGGGAGGUGCUGGGGUGGAAGGCUGGGAUUUAUGCCAAUCCACAUGGGAUUUAUGGUGUGGAAGGAAGAGUGGAUCCUUUGGGAUUGACUGGACCCAAACUGGCAUCGCCUCUUCCAGCUCUUCAGCAAAUCCUGGCAUGGGCAUUUUCGACCAUUCCUCCUCCCUGCAGAAACAGGGGCUGGUGCAGCUCCUUCCUGCCCCCCAGGCAGGUGGGAAUUUGGGAAUGCAGCCGGCACGGCCCAGCGGUCAUCGACCCCUGGGGACAUCGGCCCGGGCCGUGUUUGUGUCCAGGACGUGGCUGUGCCCCAGGGGGGGGAAGCUGGGAGAGAAAAUGCUGGAAAAGCUUUCCCUGGGGGGACACAUCCCAUUCCCAACAAGGAUACAUCCCAUUCCCUGUGAGGAUUCAUCCUGCUGGGUGCUUUUCCACAGGGACUCGCUCCCGGGGGUGCAGGUGGGAGCUUUCCGGGAAGGAAACCCACGGAGCUCCCGGGAAGCUCCCGCUGGUGAUGUGACCCCAUGGCCCCCCCGGGGGUUUGGGGGCUCCUGAAGCUCCCGUGUCCCCCCCUUUCCCCCCUUCCCGCUCCUCCUGCCGCUCCGGCUGUCGUUCCCGGCUGGAUCCGAGCCCAGCUAAAUUUAGGAGGAUCGAUUUCAUCGCCCGCCUCUGCCCCGAGGGGGGAAAGGACGGAGCAAAGGUGGCUGGGGAGGAGGAGAAACGGGGAACCCGCUGCUCCAUGGGGGGCUCUGAGCCCAUGGAAGAGCCCAGGGGGGCUGGAAUUGUGCCGGGUCAUCCCAUGGAGCUGCCCGGCCGUCGCUGGGGGCAGAGCUGGUGACAAGGACACCCAAUGUGUCCCGCAGGGAAGGAGCUCCGGGUGCCGGGAUUGGGAUCAUCCCCUGAGGAGGCUGAGGCAGGGGAGCUGCCGGAUGACGCCGGGAGCUGCCGGCGGGUGAGGGACCCUCCGGUCUCCGCAUGGGUGGGAAUGGGGAGACCUGCCCGAGGUAGGAGCCCAGGACAGCUGGAAAACCCCGGCCUCUUCCUCCGCUCGCUCCUCCUCCUCCUCCUCUGCAGGCAUGUGUCUUCCCAGUGCAAGAUCCUGCGCUGCAACUCGGAGUACGUGGCGGCCACGCUGCCCCUGCGCGGGCCCGGCCGGGGCGCCGCGUUCUGCACCGCGCUGCGCUCCUACUCCCGCUGCACCCGCCGCACCGCCCGCACCUGCCGCGGCGACCUGGCCUUCCACUCGGCCGUGCACGGCAUCGAGGACCUCAUGAUCCAGAACAACUGCUCCAGGGAGGGCCCCACGGCGCCGCCCCGGCCCCGGCCCGCGGCCCCCGAGCGCCAGGGCCUCGAGUCGCUCGACGUCUGCGACUACGAGCGCAGCUUCCUCUACAGGCACGGCCGCCCGCCCGCCUUCCAGCACUGCGCCGCCUUCGGGGACCCCCACAUCCGCACCUUCCACCACGACUUCCACACCUGCCGGGUGGAGGGCUCCUGGCCGCUCCUGGACAACGACUACCUGUUCGUGCAGGCCACCAGCUCGCCGGUGGCCGAGGGGUCCAACGCCACGGUCACCAGCAAGCUCACCAUCAUCUUCAAGAACAUGAAGGAAUGCAUCGACCAGAAGGUCUACCAGGCCGAGCUGGACAACGUCCCUGCGGCCUUCCAGGACGGCUCGGUGGACGGCGGGGCGCGGCCGGGCGGCAGCAGCCUGGCCAUCCGCGAGCGCUCGCCGGGGCGGCACGUGGAGAUCCGCGCCGCCUACAUCGGCACCACCAUCGCCGUGCGCCAGGCCGGCCGCCAGCUCUCCUUCUCCAUCCGCGCCGCCGAGGAGGUGGCGCGGGCCUUCACGGAGGAGCAGGACCUGCAGCUGUGCGUGGGCGGCUGCCCCCGCGGCCAGCGCCUGUCCCGCAGCCCCCGCGGGCGCGUGGAGGCCGAGGCGGCGCGGGCGCUGUGCCGGGAGGCGCUGCCGGUGGAGGAUGUCUACUUCCAGUCCUGCGUCUUCGACGUGGUGACCUCGGGCGACGCCGACUUCGCCAUGGCGGCCCGCGGCGCGCUGGACGACGCGCGGCUCUUCCUGCCCGACGCCGACAAGCUCCACAUCUUCCAGGCCGGGGCGAGCGGCCCCCGCGUCCCCCCGGCCUCCCUGCUCCUCCUCCUCUUCCUCCCCUCUGCUCUUUGGGUGCUUCUGUUGCACUUUUAGGCCCUGCCCGCUCCCCCGGGACAGCUGCUGGCUCCGGCAGAACUUCGUUCAGGAGCCCCAAAAUCCCAGAAAUAACGGACUCCAAACCCAAAUCCCAGUUUUCAGCUGUUUGAUGGAUUCGGGACCCUUCGCCCAGAAGCACAGCGAGGCCAUGAGCCGGUUUGGGGAGCGUUGUGACCGAUGGGGGAAAGGGUUUUGUCCCUCUCCUCCUCUUCCAGGAGAAGCACCAGGCUGAUCUCCAGCAGUGGGAGCUGUGGAGCUCCAGGCUCGGAUAUCCCAGGCCACUGUUGCUAUUUUCCCUUGUUUUCUUGGCACCUGUUGCGGACCUGAUUUAGCCGGGCCUGGACUUGGGACCAGAGUCAGGUUUCAGGGAGGGAAUAAACAGCCCUUGGGAAUCUCUCCCUCGGGCCCAGCUUCUCAAAUACAACCCAAACUGGGGGGGUUUCGCCUGGAAAACAGAAUUUCUGAUGGCAAAGAGCGGAUGGGCAGGGGAACCCCCGGGGAAGGGGCUGGACUGCAGAGGGGAGGGCAGAUUUCAGGUGUUUCAGAGGAGUUCAGUAAAGCAGCCAGAGUUCCCAAGGGGAAAUGUUUUCCAUGGGAAAGGCUUCCCUUUAUUUUGAACGGAGGAUUAAAAACGGGAGCUGCGGGAAGAGCCUUGUGGAGAAGGGGGAAAGGGAAUUGCAGCCCCUCCAGGCAUGGAGCCUCCUGCUCUGCCCUGUCCCUGUGGGGAUAAAAUCCUCUGGGGAGGGAGAAAAUCCUCCCUGGGGAGGGAGAAAAUCCUCCCUGGGGAGGGAGAAAAUCCUCCUUGGGGAGGGAGAAAAUCCUCCCUGGGAAUAAGAUCCUCUGAAGGGAGGAAAUCUUCCAGAGCAGGGUUGAUAGUGCUGGAGCUCCUGGUAGAAAUUGGCACAGGCCCCACCCAGGAAGAGUAAAAGGAUCGAUUUUUAUACAAAAAUAAGUAAAUAAAUAAAUGUGUAGGUACAAAUUUAGAUCAAAAUCAGUGAAAAUCAAUAAAAAUCAAUUCAGCCCCUCC